AACUUUAUGACGUUGUAGCAACGGUUGUCGAGGAGCCUCUUCUAUCUUCUUGGCUCACCAGCGGUAACGCCCACUCGGGGAGGUUUUGCUCCUUUUUUCUGCUUUCUUUUUCUCUUGCAGAGGGACUGCUCCAUUCAUUGGGCUGGGCUGGCAGGCAGGCGGGCGGGCGGCAGGCAAGCAAGCAAAGCAAAGCGCAGGAGCGGCAAGAGCAACAUCAGCGACGUCUAAUAAUGAUGGUCUCUGACUGAGAACGCCAGGCCACUUUCAACUACGUUCCCUCCGCCAGCCGUUUCCGACUUCGUCUAAUCGAUUCAAGACCUAAAAAACGCGAAGCCUCCGCUCAGGAAUGGAAUUCCAAUGUCUCCGUAGGAUACUGGAAGUCUAGUGCUUCUUUUUUUGUCAACCUGCCGCGCGGAAAUAGACUGAUUUCCUCAACGCUGCUGCAGACGUACCACUCCUCUCGGCCCAUUUAACCAUCCGCACAUUUUAUUUUAUUUUAUUUUAAUCUUUUAAAUUAUUUUUGGGAGUGUUUAACGAAACUGGACACAUUUGGGACCGCUUGCUUUAUCGCUCCACAUCAGAAGACGUGCCUGUGUGUGCUUUCGCUGCCUGUAUGAUGCCGACACAUUUGCGGUUCCGGAGAAGGUCAUUCCUUGGGCUUUUAUUCCUUUUUUCAUUGUCCACCUCGGCAUUGUACUUCAUCUACUCCGCCCCCGGAAUCGUGAAUGAGUAUGUGUUCAUGGUUCAAGCCAGAGGCAUCCAGAUCAGAGAGAACGUAAAGACCAUAGGGGCUCAGGUUUUAGAGCAAGUGGUGAGAGGGGCCUACAGCAUCAACGGCACAGAUUAUUCCUAUGACUUCAACUUCAGCGAGAGCGAUGCUCCGCCCACUGCCUACCUGCCCGAGGGGUUCACCUUCCUCUCCUCACAGAUUUGCCCAGAGAGGCUCUCCUCCAUGAAGGGCAGGUUGGAGGUGAACAUGAGUGAAGUGUCCCUGGAGGAGGUGGAAAGGUCCUUGCUGGAGCAGCAGUCCAGCAUAGCUCCAGGAGGCUACUGGAAGCCCAAAGACUGUUUACCUCGCUGGAAGGUGGCGAUUCUAGUCCCCUUCAGAAACAGACAUGAACACUUACCCAUCCUGCUAAGACACCUGGUGCCAGUGCUGCAGAAGCAGAGACUUCAGUUUGCCUUUUAUGUCAUAGAGCAGGGGGGUACAGAGCCAUUUAACAGAGCCAUGUUGUUUAACGUGGGCUUCAAGGAAGCUAUGAAAGACUUGGACUGGGACUGUCUGAUCUUCCACGAUGUGGACCACCUCAUGGAGAAUGACAGGAACUACUACGGCUGCACAGACAUGCCACGGCACUUUGCAGUCAAACUCGACAAGUAUUCCUACAUGCUUCCGUAUCAUGAGUUCUUUGGUGGUGUCAGUGGCCUGACGGUGAAGCAGUUCAAAAAGAUUAAUGGAUUUCCUAAUGCGUUCUGGGGUUGGGGAGGAGAGGACGAUGACCUCUGGAACAGGGUCCAGUUUGCUAACUACACAGUAAGCAGACCGCAUGGAGAACAGGGACGCUACAUGUCCAUUCCACAUCACCAUCGUGGAGAAGUGCAGUUUCUUGGAAGGUAUAGCCUACUACGCCACUCUAAAGAGAGACAGAAAGUGGACGGUCUCAACAACUUAAACUACUCCCCCCUGAUCUCCAGAAGGCCUCUCUACACCAACAUCACAGUCAGCCUGAGCAGAAAGCUUGCACCCGUAGCCGACUACUGACGCAGGCAGAGCUGGACUGCAAAAACACCUGGGAAUCAAAGUCCUCUGGGACAUGAGCCAUAUCUCACUAGUUGCAGCACUGCUUAGAAAUUUUUAGUUGUUUUUUUUUUUUUUCUUAGGCUUUGUUUUGAUGUUUUAUGUUGUUUGUACACAGAAAAAAGAAAAGAAAAAAAAAGCUGAACGGAGACUCAAAUUUGUACGUUUGAUUAACCGUCGAAGAAAAUAGGGAUUAAUACUGCACUUACGCGUGCCACCAUUCAUCAUUCAUCUGUGCUUAUUUACACUUCGGUCUCCACAUGCCUUUUGCACCAUUUUGGCCUUCAGAAUCCAUUCAUCCACUUGUUUUUCUUACUUGUGUCUACGGCCAACGCUGCCCUGCACACUUGCUUGAUUAUAAGGAAAGGCAAUGACAAACAUGCUCAUCUAAGAGCAUGUGCACGCCACUCACGCAUGCAAGAGUAUGACUUACAUAUGCUGACAUGAUCCUAAGGCAUUGAGAAUUUUUCUUUUGUUUUGUUUUUCCUCCUCUUGCACUUCUUUUUUCUGGAAUGCAGUAAACUUUAGAAAAAAAGAUUUGCAUGCAGCCACACACCAACACAAAGCAACUUCAAAGUGGACUCGUGCAGCUGGUUCUGCAUAAGGUAUGCCAAAUCCGCAGUUAAAUAUAGUUUAAGAAGAUGAUAUAUUGUAAGUAAAAUAGAUUAUUCUAAGUUGAAAGAAAUCCUGAACUAUCUCUUCGUCUGUGUUUAGUUCUUUAAAUGUACCAUUUAAAGACUGUGAUGUUUGUGUUUGCAUAGAUGCACUGAAUGUUCUGGCUGUGUGUUGGAGUGCAAUGCUCAUCCUGUUAGCAAUAAGCUGCGAUAUAAGACAGCAGAAAUCUGCCCUGACUUCCUUACUGUACAGAUGCAAUAGCAUGGGUGCUAGCUUACCCCCUACUGGAUUUACAGAGAAGGAGUGACUGCAUAUGCAAACUUCACAUUCAGCUUAACUUUGCCUAAGCAAACGUGCCGCCCUUUCCAGAAUUCAUUCGCGUCUCUGUGUUCCUUUGCGUGCAAGUGAGGGUGAGCUAUGCAAAUAGCCGGCGUGCAUCUCAUUGUCAGUGCAAGGUCGUGGUGGUGACCUACAGGAGACUUUGUCUCUGAAUCUUCAACACUGAGUGCUUGUGAGAGUGUGUUCGUGUGUGUGCAGCGUGUGAUUCAGUCCAGGGAGAGGAAACCGGCUGCACGUUUGUGUUUGUGAUCCGUGUCUUUAAUGUUUACUCGUCUUUAAUUUUUACAGAGGAGAACUUGAGGUAGAAAUUACUUGAUUGCUGUCACUGGAGUUUACAAAAGCUUUCGCUUUAAUUUUUAUUUUAUUUUUUUUUUAACGUUGUUAAGUGUUCGCAGUAGUGCUGGCUAGCCCUUCCCUGCUUGGUUCCUGUUUUUUGUGUUUUAGGAGAUAAGCAGAUCAGUUAUCUGUGGGUAAAAACCUCAGAUCAGCUUUGUGAAGGUUUUGACUGGCAAGUUCUUCCUUUGAGUCUAACUUUAGGAUAGCAAUCUUCACAGAAUUUUAUGUUAGGUUGCUCGCUGGCUUAUUUUUUUUCAUAUACAGCAGCAGCCUCUCCACUUUGUGUAUUUGGCAGUGUUUUGUUUUUUGUUUUGUUUAGACCAAAUGUUCCAAUAUUUAAAUGUAGUUACUACAAAAAAUUUCAUGGAGAUGUCGUCUCCACACUGUCAGUUCUCUGAUCAUGCAGCUAAUUCAUUUCACACAAAUCUUGUAUGCCUUGUAUUCAUUUCUUAAGAUGUAGGACAUUUAGGUGGUUUAAAAGAAAAGAAAAUUGUUGUGCUCCAACAACAAAACAAGAAAUAACGAGGCUGGACCUCAUUCUAUUUAUUUGAUGGACUAAUUUUCUUAAUUGUUUAAUUUUUUUUUUUUGGUCUUGGAGUUGAUGUGAAGAAGUAUCAAACUUCUGUGUUAGAUGCACUGAAAUCUAGCUGUGUGUUUUUGUGUGGGAUUGUGAACUCUGGGUCCGUGGAAACGCUGCAGUUCCGUUUCAUUCUUCAUCGAACUGUAAUAAAACGGAACUGCACGCGCACUCCAGACCGACCACCGGUAGAAAUCUUCUGAGCAGACACUUGGGAGGAGGCCAUUUUGUGUGACAACCACAUGAAGAGCGAAGAGUUAAGAAUGCUGCUGCUCUCUGUCUUUCACUGAUUGCCUCCAUCGUACUGAUAAUCAGCGGUGCUGACCUUGCAGAGCUCCCUCUGUGGGACCUGCUCUACAUGAUUAGCAGAGCCCGUCUAACGUAAUAAAAGCUGAAACUUCCUUCAGAAUUUAUCAGUUCUUGCUUUUUAUGUCAUCUUGAUAUGAAAUCUGAUGUAUUACAUCCAACUGAAAGUUUGUUUUUCCCUCUGCCGUCUUAUCUUCAAACAUAAUUUGUAACAUCUUCGUGCGGUCCUUCUUCUGGGAGGUGCUCGGUGGAAGUCAGAGUGCAGCAGCAUUGGUUUUCAUGUGUGUUCGAUUGAGAUGGCUCAACCUGUUUCAGAGGUCUAACUCUCCUCCAUUGAAAUUUACAAGUUUUUGCAUUCUGUUUACCGAUGCGUCCAAGAACGUCAUUUAUCUGGUUGUGAACAAAGGAGGGUUCUUUCUGUGGUUCCUGAAAAAAAAAUGGCUGUAUAUUCUCUUUGGAAAAGUUUGGUUGCUUUAAACGAUAGCCUAAUACACUUGUAACAAAAAGCCAAAAGCUUUAAGUUUUAUGAUGAGUUUCCAGAUAAAGACUGUAAAUGUUCCCUUCAUACAAGUCGGUAUUGGGCUCAACAGAUAUUGAAUGGCAACACUUCAGCAAAGAUGCUCUUUCUGUCAGCACACUCUUUCGUUUUGAAUGAUUACAAUCAUCUUAGUUCAGUUUAGGAAAGGAGCAUGCUGGGAAAUCAUACAUCUCGUCUCAAUCCUGACCAAGAGUGCUGCUCAUGUUAAAAUCUGGAUUGAUGGUGCGCCAGUUUAAAUGAAGGGACCAAUCUUUGGGCAUCUGACAAGACUGGCAGCCUUAACGCUUGUAAUUUAUUGCAGUGUUUAUUUUAUUUUAUUUUUGUUGGUUUGUUUGUUUUUUCAUUCGAGUUUUUAUUUUUUUAUAAGCAAAAAGAUGUAAAUUGAAAAAAAAGAAGUGCAUAUCAACACAAAGAUCAUUGUAAAUAUUGUUGUUGUGUGUAGUGUUUUAGAAAUUCUAUAAGGUCUUAAAUCACUACAGAUGCUAGCAUAAAGAACAAGGCUUCUGACGGGGUGGGGUGGGGGGUAGCUGGGGGUUUAUCAGGUGCCAUUUGAGUGCUUACACAGAAACAUCAAUGUUUUUUACAUCACUGCUUCCAAGCACUUUUUUUUUAAAUAAAAGGUCUUACCAUAUAAAUUUUAAAUUCCUCUCAUAGUCUCAGAGGUGUUCUGCAGCCCACGCCCCCUCCUCUCUUCUGUUCCCAACAUGCUGCAGCAGAGACACAUACCAUUUUCAGAUUCCAUUGGAAGAUCAGUUUUCUUGUGUCUAGAUGUGUCUUCUCUUUAGGCGUGACGGUGGGGAGGAUGACACUGAAAAACACUGCAAGGCAACAGCCAAAAAAAAAAACUUUACAACAUUAUCAGGAAACACCCAAACCAGCGAUAGAGCCCACUCCCCAAUCCUCCCGUUGUUUUUCAUAGAAAAAAAAGAGGGGUACAGAUGAGUAAAUCCAAAAUCUAUAUAAUUAUACCUUCUCUGAUUGUAAGGAGAGGAAUUCUCCUUGAUUGAAGCCAUUUGAAGCCACUUGUCAAAACUUGAUGUCAGCCUUAUGUGAAUCUGUUUGCGUAUCAGCCUAUUAUCUUUUGAUUAUUAAAAUUUGUAUGAUGGGCAUUUUCUUUUAUACCAUCAUUGUUAUUGUCAGAAUACACCAAUAAAAAGAAACUUGUAAACAUG